AAUGCGUCAUACCUGUACCAUAAAACCGGCAGUACAAUUAAAACAGGCAAGUGCUGGAACUUCUGUGCCGAGUAAACUGCAGACAAAGACCUACGCACCAAGGGAACUUCUUUGUGAAAGAGACCUCCUUUGUGCGAUGAAUUCUCGAGAUCGUUGUUCUGCUUAUCAAAGAAGUCUUCCUGAACAAUGGCCUUGUACAUGCUACACCACAACCCCGUGGAGUUGAAUUGGGCUUCCUCUGGCUAGCAUAUAGCUUUACCGCUCCAGCGCCCAGAUUUACCAAUACAAUUUCGAUCAACUCCAGGGAUCCCUAUAUAGGUGUUGUUAGUUGGAACGAGUUCUACAAUGCAACACCAACACCACCAAUCAUAUCCAGUGACGGGACCUAACCACGCCGCUGCCGUCCCAAGACCCGCACUCCGCCGUGUCAAGGGAUCGAAUGCUCUCCAUGCUACAAUCUCAAUUCCUCAUGAGAUAGCGAGUUCAUCUGCAAGUAGUGUGCCGGCACCCGAACCAGCUCGGAUGAACAAAUCACCUUCCCAGGUGCAGGUAGCCGAACCCACCCAGCAAGCUAUUACCGCAUCCGAUCCACGACAGAUAUGCAUGUCUCCAGUCGAGGAAGGUCAGUCCCCCUCAUAUAAAAUGGAGGACAUGGAAUCCAAAGAAACCCAAGAGAGCUGUCAGCACCUCCCACCCAACCUCUCAUCCAUCUCAUCUGUGCUCAGCAUCCCCUCUCCCACUCCCUCGCCAUCUCCAUCCUCUUUUGGGCAAAAGACGCCAAGUGAGAAUCACCAAGCCUUAGACCUCGGCGGCCUCGCGGUCCCAAUCACCCCUCCCGCGCGGCCACGCGGCUUGGAUGUCGUGCGCAGUGUGAGCAUGCCUGAUGUGUGGAACAGGCAAAGAGUAAAAAGGUCUUGCAUCUUCCGCUUUCGAGGUGAGCAGGUAAGGAGGAAUAGGCUUUCAAAGCGGAUGCCUGGGGAUCUGUCGAAGGAGGUGGAAGUGGAGCGUGCUCUUGUGCCAGCUAACGCCGUAUGUGAGGUUCUCCAGAGAAGGGUUGAUGGGCUGGAGCAGAGGAUUGUAGAGCUGAGAGCGGAGUUCCAGGAGGAGAAAAAGAUGAAGGUGAGUGAGGAUAGGAAAGGAGGGAGUUAUAGGGACCAUCGGAUAGAGGAAGGUAAGGAGGUUGGGGUUCUAAGAGUGGAGUUGGUGGAGCAACGUGGAGUGCAAAUGCAGUUGCAAGGGAGCUCAGCGAGUGCUGAACUUGAGCAGGGCCCGGGUUCUCAGAAGAGCUCUAUGAUGGGAAAGGUAGGCAGCACUUUGGCGUUGGAGCAUGGUGUCCAUACGCAAGAUCCGAGCAGGCAUAACCAAGAGUAUGGAUGUCUAUCGUCGAUUCUCCAUGAACAAGAACUUGCAGGUUCUUUCCCAGAAAUGCCUGGCCGACAAAGCUCCUCCCAUCCUCGGGAAAGUGUCGGGAGUGCAGAAUUCAUCCAUGAGCUGCCUGCAACGCCUUCAUAUGAACUCCUUGUCCGUCCAAUUAAAGAGCAUGAGGGGACAGCGGAAUCAGUGCAGCUAAUCCUGACUUACGGGCUCGAGUCUGAGAUACCUUACCAAUUGUCGGAUGUGGAUUGUGCAUUUCUUGGGCUCCCUGAGCUGUUCGCAUGGACUGAUGUUGACGAACAAGACGCCAAACCCUGUGCUGCGGAACUCGAGGCUGGUCCAUCUUUCCAUGGAGCUGAUAAGUUUAGGGAAAAGGGUUGGGAGACAUCAAUGUCUGCUCCCUGGGCACAUAUUCACAUGAAUCCAUGA